AUGAAUUGUAAAAAUAGUAAAGUUAGUGCAAUACAUCGAUCAAUAGAUCGACGUCUUAACUAUGAUGAUGGUGACGAUGACUAUAACAAGAAUGACGUCAUAUUUUCACAGCAAACUAUAGAUGAUGAUGCUAUCAUUGCUAACCUAACUGGUGAAGAUGGUCAUAUUCCAAUUCUAGUUGCUGAUCCACAAGCAUUCAAUAAUUCAUCUGUUCAACAACAUCAACAAGCCAUUGACAAUCGAUCUUAUCAAUCAGUGAUCGAAUCAUCCCAACCAAGAUCUUUUCAACAAUUUACGGACAUCAUUAAAGGUGCUGAAUAUUUCAAUAAACAGAUUAUUUUUCAACAUGAACCGAAUUCAUAUUAUUUUUUCCCACGUCCUAAUGAAAUGAUCUAUCAUCAUUUACCUGAUGAUGAUAAAUGGCAAUUAUUACAAACUCCAAUAAAAAUGACACAAUAUUUAGAAAUUCCUCACCUUCACCGUCUUUAUUUCGAUUUAAAUAUUGAAUUAGUUAGUCCACGUAAUCAAUAUCAUCUCGAUCUUAUUCCUGCACUUGUUAUGGCUAAGAAAAAGACUGAUCCUGAAAUUUAUACAACUGUUGUUGCAUUCAAAAUUGAAACUAAACACAUUCCAUCAUCACCCAUAUCUUAUCAUUCCACAUGA